CGACACUAGAUCAGGUUAAGCUUUAACUAGGUUAUCAAUCUCUAGGUCUAAAGAGCAAUUGCGUGAAGAAAACACCUAGCUAAUGAUUUCAAGCUUUUAUUAGAAACCUAUAGCCCUCCAGGCCAUUCCUUACCUCCUGCUUACUUCCCUAGUCGUUCGCAAUCGAAAUCCAUAAUAUAUCGUUACUUUUUAACUCGGCGAACCGUUCACCCUUUUGCGUCGUUUCAGUGGACGCAGCAUCAGCACUGUAAUUAAGCACCAUGGCAUGUGGUGUAGGCAGUGACACCACUGGCUGAGCCCCGCGGCUAUCACGGACAGGCCGCGGGUGGCUAGCACCCUCCCGCUGAUGUCGGUCCCAAACUCUGUCGCUGCGCUCAUACCCUUGCUAAAGGCGAACCCCAGCACCCAAACAGCGGAACAGGCUGCACAGGAGGCCAGCCUGCUUGAGGAUGUGGCGGUGCACUACAGCAGCACGUACGAGUUCGUGUCCGCCAACACACCCGGCAGCAGGGCCUUCGGGGAGCUAUUCGAUGCGCUGGUCCGGCACCGGCUGGUGUGCGCCCCUUGGCGGCUGCAGCUGCGCCCCGAGCACCAGCUGCGGGUGCUGCAGGUCACUCGGCUGCUGGGGCGGGACGCGGUGCUGAGGCAGAGGCUGGUGGAGGCGGGGGGAGUCAAGGUGCUGUGCCAGCUGUUCCGGGAGCAAGCGGCGGAGCACUUCACCGGCACCAUCACGUCCUUCCAGGUGGAGGUGCUGACGGAGUGCGCCUCCGUGGUGAAGCGGCUGGCGGGUGACGAGUGGGGUCUGGCCGCCCUAGCUGCGGAGGGGGCGCACCUCACGCUGCUGCAGCUGCUCAACAGCACGGACCCGGCGCUGCUGCCGCUGGUGCUGGUGGCGAUCAUUGGCUUCGCCGCCCACCGCGCGCACUACGGCCUGGUUGCCGCCCCCGCCCCGCUGGAGACGCUGCUGCGCAUCGUGACGCAGUACGACCUGCCCUUCAAGAGGCUGGCGGCCGACCUGCUGGCGCUGCUCUCCCGGCGCACCCCGGUGGUCUCGGAGCUGCUCGCCCUCAGCGGCCUGGGUCGCCUGGUGGGGCAGCUGGCGCCAGGGGGGGACGGACACCUGGCCGCCUCCCUGCUGCGCGUGCUGUGCUACGUGGCCGCCACCGGCCCGGAAGCCGUUGCGGAGAUGUACCAUGUGGGCUCCAUCCCCGUGCUGCUGGCGUUGGUGGGGGCUGCGGUGCGGGAGGCGGCCGCCUGCCCCACCUGCCACUGCCUGCCGCCCGGGCGCACCACGGAGCUGCAGCUGGCCGCCACGUGCCUCACGCGGCUGGCGGAGCAGAGCGACGAGUGCGCGGCGCAGAUCCGGGCAUGCAAUGGGGUGACGCUGCUGGGGAAGCUGCUGCUGGUGACGCCGGCGAAGCAUGAGGAUUCCCGCGGGACCGACCCGAGGGUCGCUGACGCCAAAUCGGCUCGCGAGGAGGUGCUGUCUCUCAAGGCCUACGUGUUCCGGGCGCUGCGAUUCCUCUUCAGCGUUGAGAGGCACCGCAAGAUGUUCAAGCGACUGUUCCCGCCCGACCUGUUCGCCGCCUUCAUCGACGCGGGGCACUACAACAUGCAGCUCAACGCGUAUGCGGUGCUGGUCACCAUGUUUGAAGAGCUGUCUGACAAGCAGAAGGCGGGUGUGUCGGCUGCUCUGGACGACGUGUCGGUGGACCGUGAGGGGAGCGGGUUGCGCUGCGUGGGCGGCUACGUCAUCCUGGAGAUGCUGGGCAAGGGCGCGUUCGGGGCUGUGUACAAGGCGCGGAAGACCCGCGGCGAGAGCCUGGUGGCCCUGAAGGAGGUCCCCCUGUCGGACAUCGGGCUGUUCGGCGCCACCGAGAGCGAGGUGACGGCGGGGGUGGGGCGCAUGUGCAAGGAGGUGGAGAUCCUGUCCAGCCUCUCGCACCCCAACAUUGUGCAGUACUACGAGUCUUUCUCCGCGGGCCAGCACCUCUACAUCGCCAUGGAGCUGGUGGAGGGCACCAGCCUGCUGGACCACCUGCAGGGCUUGGAGCAGAAGGGUCGGCGGAUGGCGGAACAAGACAUCUGGCAGGUCCUCAUCGCGGUGGUCCUGGCCCUCAACUACAUCCACGGCGUCAAGAAGAUCGUGCACCGCGACCUCACCCCCGCCAACAUCGUGCUGGGGCAGGGCCCCGAGGGGCUGCGGCACACCAAGAUUGCGGACUUUGGUCUGGCCAAGCGGCUCAGCAGCAGCGCGGUGGCGCAGUCGCUGGUGGGCACGAUGCCGUACACCUGCCCCGAGAUCAUACAGCAUGAGCCCUACAGCGAGAAGGCGGACGUGUGGUCCCUGGGCUGCGUCACCUACCACAUGAUGGCGCUGCGGCCGCCCUUUGACGGCUCCAACCCGCUCUCCGUGGCGCACAAGAUCGUGGAGGGCGCGUACGACCCGCCGCCCGACCCGCCGCCCGCCUCGGGAGCCCCGCCGUACAGCGGGCAGCUGAAGCGGCUGGUGGCGGCGCUCAUGACGGUGGACCCCAACAAGCGCCCCGGUAUCUCGGAGGUGGGUGCGCUGGUGUCGGCCCAGCUGAUGGCCUCCCUGGAGCGAGCGGCGCUCAACGAACAACGCAUGACUAAGGCGCUGCAGGCCCAGCGGCGAGUGGGCAGUGCGGGUGACGUGGCGGCGGGCAGCCCCCUGCGAGCGGUGGCGUGUCGGAAGGCCAGCCAGGGACAUGGGCACGGCCCUGCAGCACACGCACAUGCACACCAGCAGCAGGGACAGCAGCAGGGGCAGGGGCAGCAGCAGGGAGG